GGGGCAUCUCUUCAACAAAAAAAAAAAAAAAAAAAAAAGAGAUCGCGCGGCGCGGUUCGUAUUUCGUCUCGACGCGGCCGUCCGACCUCACGAGCCACGGAAACCAACCGGCCGAGCCAAGUAAGCGAACAAGCUCACGGGCGCGGAAACCGCAAGAGCUAAGCGCGCGGGCGCCGGGCGGCACACGGACGGCCAGCUCGGCCGAUGGCGGCUCUGCCACAGCGGCGGCUCCUCCUCGCUCUUCUCCACGCCCUGUCCCUCGGGGCCGUCGCGGCGGCGGCGGCGCCGUUCCGGGCGAGGGACCUCCUGCCGCUGCUGCCGCGGCGGCUGGCGUGGCAGCUCAUGGGCGCCACCGCCCACAGCGCCGUCGACCUCCUGCCGUCCUUCGUCGCCGCCGUCACGCCCGGUGCGCCCGCGGCGACCUGGCGCGGCGCGUGCUUCGAGGAGAACGAGGCCGUCCUCAGCCUCACCCCCGACCCCGGCGGCCGCAACGGCACCGGCUCCGGCCUCGGCGGCGCCGUCCUGCGACUCAAGAUGGCUUCACCUCAGAGCUGGACAUGCAUGGAUCUUUAUGUGUUUGCAACUCCAUACAGGAUAGACUGGGAUUACUAUAUGAGAGCAAAUGAAAACCACACUUUUGAGAUUAAAGCGUGGGAGGAAGCAGCAGAAAUGGAAUAUGUAAAGCAGCAUGGCAUUGCCAUCUUUCUCUUGCCAUCUGGAAUGCUUGGAACGUUGUUAUCCUUGAUCGAUGUCAUACCUCUGUUUUCAAACACUGGUUGGGGUCAGGAUGCCAACUUGGCGUUUCUACAUAAGCAUAUGGGAACUUUAUUUGAGAAACGUUCUCAACCCUGGUCUGCGAAUAUAAGAAAGGAAGAUGUACACUCUGGCGACUUUUUGGCUCUUUCAAAGAUCCGGGGACGAUGGGGUGGAUUUCAGACAUUAGAGAAAUGGGUGACCGGCUCAUUUGCUGGGCAUACUGUGGUUUGCUUGAAAGAUGAGAAUGGCACCCUCUGGGUAGCUGAAUCAGGCUAUGAAAAUAAAAAGGGUGAUGAAAUCAUUAGUAUGACUCCAUGGGAUGAAUGGUGGGGAAUGGCACUUAAAGAUAAUUCAAAUCCUCAGAUAGCACUUCUACCAUUGCACCCUGAUGUACGGGCCAGAUUCAAUGAAAGCGCUGCAUGGGAUUUUGCCCGAAGCAUGUACGGGAAACCCUAUGGUUAUCAUAAUAUGAUAUUUAGUUGGAUUGAUACGAUGUCAGACAAUUAUCCACCUCCUCUUGAUGCUAACCUGGUAAUGGCUAUUAUGUCAAUGUGGACCAGAUUGCAACCACAUUACGCUUCUAACAUGUGGAACGAAGCCCUUAAUAAACGACUUGGGACUGAGAAAUUGGACCUUCAUGGGAUCAUUACUGAGACUGAGAAACGGGGCAUGUCGUUCAACCAGUUGCUCACCAUACCGGAGCAAGAUGAUUGGAAAUAUAGCGAUGGCAAAUCGACGACUUGCGUCGCCUUCAUUCUUUCGAUGUACAAGGCUGCUGGAGUAUUCGCUCCCUUCACGGAGUCGAUUCAGGUCACAGAAUUCACUAUUCGGGAUGCCUACAUGCUCAAGAUCUUCGAGGACAACCAGACCAGGCUGCCGAGCUGGUGCAACGCUGCGUCGGACAGGCUCCCCUUCUGCCAGGUCCUGGGGGAAUACAAGAUGGAUCUGCCGGAGUACAACACGAUCGAGCCCUACGCGAACAUGAACGAGAACUGCCCAUCCUCGCCGCCGACCUACAACCGGCCGUCGCGCUGCUGAUCGCCAUGGCAUUUAGGCAUGCAGUGAAGCUGGCGUUGGUUGAACUGUAAGUGUAAAUAGACCACGCUGUGUGCAGUGGUUUCACUCGCAGGUAUGGCGUUGCGCAGAGUAUGUAGAUAGUUGUUUACUUGUUUGUUCAGGUACUAAUUCAGUCAUUCGGCUACGGUCGAUCGGCAGGUGUGGGCUUCGCUGCUGUAAAGUGAUUGUUUGCAGAUACCAUGUGAACCAUUCGAACGAUAGUAUGUUGAUUACUGAAGUAUCCUAUCGAUUGUUUACCUGUGUCGC